AUGGGGCUGCGAGCCGGAGGAGCGCUGGGCAGGGCGGGGGCCGGGGCCGGGGUCGGCCGGGGGGGCCCUGGGGGCCCCGGGCCGAGCGGCGGCGCGCAGGGCGGCAGCAUCCACUCGGGCUGCAUCGCCGCGGUGCACAACGUCCCUUUGCGCGUGCUUAUCCGGCCACUGCCGUCCGUGCUGGACCCGGCUAAGGUGCAGAGCCUCGUGGACGCGAUCCGGGAGGAUCCCGACAGCGUCCCCCCUAUCGACGUCCUCUGGAUCAAAGGGGCCCAGGGUGGUGACUAUUUCUACUCCUUUGGCGGCUGCCAUCGCUACGCAGCCUACCGGCAGCUGCAGCGAGAGACCAUCCCCGCCAAGCUCGUCCAGUCCACCCUCUCGGACCUCAGGGUGUACCUGGGCGCUUCCACGCCGGACUUACAAUAGCAGCCGCCGUGGCCCCUGCCAACCCUGCGAAGGUCCCAGAAGACACACUUGACCUCCAGCGGGCUGGGCCAUGCAGAAAGCAUACAGGGGUGCCUCUCCGUGCCUGAGGGGGAGGUCUGACUCUGAGCACCUGUUCCACUCGCUGCAAGGCCUUGGACUCCUUCCUGAACAGCGUGGGAGCCCCAGAUCCCGCUGCUGUGAAAAUGGGGUCCUAUCUUUGACCUCGAGGUAUUUUUGAGAGAAUGGGAUGGAAAAGAAGAUGGGCUUCUUGGAGAGCUACAGACUCCUGGCUCCAGAGUCCCAAGGACAAGGAUCCUUCUGCAUUGCUGUCUGUGUAUUUCCCAGUAUGCGGGAUACGUUCGGCUGCAAGUAGACGAAAGCCUAGGCUGCAGUGGUUUCAACAAAGAGAGGUUCGUCCACAUAGCAUGAAUUCUGGAGACAGGCGGUAUGGGUGCAGGACCCCAGAGAAGGUAGAGCUCACAUCUCUGUGAUUCCUUUUGGCCUCUCUCUUAUUGCUUGUUACUUCAUGGUCCAAGAUGGCAGCUGUACCUCCAGGAAUCAUGGCCAUGUUCGAAGAAGAAAGGUGCGGGGGAGGAGGAAGGGCCAAGCCCACUCUCAACUUCUAUCAUACAGCCAAACCUUUUUCGGAGGCCUAUUUCCUGUUCUGUCCCCCUGCAUCUUUCCGUUAGGUCUCCUUGGCCCAAACCGGCUACCAUUCCCACCCCUGGCUGCAAAGAAAGUUUAGAUGGCAGGGGACAGAACUGUCAUAUUGAGGAGACCCUUCAUAUCCCAUCUCCUGGGACUGGCACACUGUUUCCUGAAAUAAAGUUGGAAUCCCAUUACCAAGAGAGAAAUGAGGAGUUGUGUAUCAGUUAGUCUUUGCCGUGUAACAAACCAUCCCCAAACUUGACAACCAAAAGCACAUCAUUCAUUUGCCUGUAGUUCUGUGGGUUUGCAGGUUAGGCUGGGCACAUGUGGACAGUUCUGGUCUUGCCCAGGGUCACUUCUGAGGCUGCAUGCAGUCAGCUGUUAACCUUGGAUGGGGCUGGAUGGUCUAAGAUAGCCCUAUUCACUUGUCGGGCAUUUGGCAGGCUGUUUCCUGGGUGACUUAGUCCUCCCCAGGAGAGACUUGGUCUCUCCAGCUGGUCAGCUCAGGCUUAUUUAGAUGGCGUCAGAGUGCCAAGAGAGUGAGUGAAGCUAGAAGGCUUCUUGGGUUCUAGGCCCAGAACUGGUAAGACAUCACUUCUGCAAAGUUCUUUUGGUCAGAGCAAAUCAUAUGACUGGCCUGGAUUCGAGGAGUGGCAAAACAGACUACACCUCUUACUGGGAGAAACUGCAAAGAAUUGCUGGCAUUUUUCAUCAGUCACAAAUGGCUGUGCAUGGGCAAAUAACUGUUUCUUUCUGUACAGGGCCUUGAUCUGCCCAAGCCAGGGUUAAUUACCAACACAUUGUCCCAGCCCUUCAAUCUAGGGGAAGAAGCAAUGGGGCAGGGGUGGACCUCUCCCAGGGCUGGGCCUGCUCUAAUAGAGGCAUCUCAGGGUCUGAGAUGGCUGUUGGAGGUAGGCCAGGCGGGACAUUCCAAAGGGACUUCUGAAAAUAAGAGUCCUCGGUGAAAGGAAGAGGGGCAGGAAGGGUGCAGAGUGAGGCAGGCUUUGCUCUCAUCGCCCUUCUGGGGUGACCUGAGGUCACCAGGUGUUUUCCAGUCUCAGUUUCCCCAGCUCAGUAACAAAGAUAACUGCUCUCCCACCCAUUCUCUGUCCCAGGGAAAGAUGACUGAGGUGACCAGUUGAAACUGAAAACGAAUGUAGUCCUAAAUGUACUGUGACAUCCUAGAACAAAAAAAAGGACAGUGGUGGGAAAAUUGGAGCUCUGACUAAGGUCUGGAUUUUACUCACUAAUAACCUGCCAAUGUCAGUCUCUUAGUUUUGACAAAUGUACAUGGAAAAUGGAAGAUGAUGGGGGAGGGGAGGCCGGGUACAGAGUAUAUAGGAACUCUUUGCUAUCUUUGCAACUUUUAUGUAAACCAAAAAACAUUCCCAAAUAAAAGCUUGUUUAAUGAAAA